AUGUUCGCCGCUCGUCAGUCCUUCAACCUCCUCCAGAAGCGCGCCUUCUCCGCCUCUGCCAGCCAGGCCUCUAAGGUCGCCGUCCUCGGUGCUGGUGGUGGCAUUGGCCAGCCUCUCUCUCUCCUCCUGAAGCUCAACCCCCGUGUCUCCGAGCUCGCUCUCUACGAUAUCCGCGGUGGUCCCGGUGUCGCUGCUGAUCUCAGCCACAUCAACACCAACAGCACUGUCACUGGCUUCGACCCGACCGCCUCCGGCCUUCGCGAUGCCCUCAAGGGCUCCGAGAUCGUCCUCAUCCCUGCCGGUGUUCCUCGCAAGCCCGGCAUGACCCGUGACGACCUCUUCAACACCAACGCCUCCAUCGUCCGUGACCUCGCCAAGGCCGCCGCUGAGGCUUCCCCCGAGGCUAACAUCCUCGUCAUCUCCAACCCUGUCAACUCUACCGUCCCCAUCGUCUCGGAGGUCUUCAAGUCCAAGGGUGUCUACAACCCCAAGCGUCUCUUCGGUGUCACCACCCUUGACGUUGUCCGUGCCUCCCGCUUCAUCUCCCAGGUCCAGAAGACCGACCCCGCCCAGGAGGCCGUCCCCGUCGUUGGCGGUCACUCCGGUGUGACCAUCGUCCCCCUCCUCUCCCAGUCCAACCACCCCAGCAUUGCCGGCAAGACCCGCGACGAGCUUGUCAACCGCAUCCAGUUCGGUGGUGACGAGGUCGUCAAGGCCAAGGACGGUGCCGGUUCCGCCACCCUUUCCAUGGCCAUGGCUGGUGCUCGCUUCGCUGAGUCCCUCCUCAAGGCCGCUCAGGGUGAGAAGGGCGUCAUCGAGCCCACCUUCGUCGACAGCCCUCUCUACAAGGACCAGGGCGUCGACUUCUUCGCCUCCCGCGUCGAGCUUGGCCCCAACGGUGCCGAGAAGAUCCUCCCCGUCGGUGAGAUCAACGAGUACGAGCAGAAGCUCCUCGAGGCCUGCCUGGGUGACCUCAAGAAGAACAUCCAGAAGGGUAUUGACUUCGUCAAGGCCAACCCUUAA